AUGGAGUUCGGCCGUUUACGAGAAGUUGAAGAUUUCGAUUACGGUGCUUUGCCGGACGACGAUGAAAAUGGCGAAGGAGAAGAGAUCGAUGCGAUCAAUGACGAGACGUUUGGAGCCGAUGUCGCCACCGUUCACGCCUCUGAUCUUGGGGAUUAUGCUGCGCAGACGGCAUCAUUACGGUUAGAAGACUGGGAUCAACCGGGGUGCUCGAACGAACAGGCACCCGAUGCUUCACAAGUUCCACUGCCCGUUUUUCCAUCUUUCGGAUUCAACAUGGAUUCUCCACUAUUUGCUCCAACGUUCAAUUCAUUGGAUAAGAUUCCUUCGAUGUGGGACUCGAGUUCAAAUGGUCUGUUCAAUAUGUGGGGAGACACGACCAAGAGAGAUGAAUACGAUCGAUUGAAGGAGUCAUUUGAUGCUUUGGAUACAUACGAGGAUCUCUUCCCAUCUGCUUCAGCGGUGCGAAAGAACUUUCUCGUCCCACAAGCCGGUCCCGCUCUCAGCUCCCUAAAUUGGAAGCAGCCUAAAAAGUCGAUGGCUCCCGGGACCACCUCCUAUGCCAUUCGAAUCUUGCAACGACCAAAGGAGGAAAAUCUACCCCUUGCUUUACCCAAAGUUCCUGCAUUACCACCCGGAGCCUUGAGUGCCGAAGAAUUGGAACGUUCUCUGAUAAAUCAAUCCGCACAAAAGCAGCAAAAUAUCGAUGGAGCUCCAAUGGGAAAUAUUGCCAAAGCGCUUGCCCAAAUACAAGAUCAUCAAAAGAUGUCCGGUCAAUCGCCCGCACCUCGACCAAGCGACAAAUCGAUGCCACCUCCACAAAUGCAACAUCCCCGUGGCCCUUAUCAGAUGCCGCCAGGAAUGAUGAAUCGUCCACCAAUGCCACCCCAACUUCCACCGAUGUUGAUGCGUUUUGUCCCGGUUUGGAUGGAGUUUCUUUCAGGAAAGAUUCCAUAUUUGCCACCGGGUGUACCGCCAGUCCCACCGCCAGUUGGUCACUUCUUUCAACAAAUGCGACAGAUGGGUCCACCACCAAUGAUGGGUCCGCCAAACAACAUGGGAUUUCACGGGCCACGACCUCCACUCCACUCGCCAGCUCUUUCACAGAUGUCGGACAUACGCAAGCCUUCUAAUCGACGUGUUGCCCCUGGAAUGCCAUCUGGGAAAACGAUUGAAGAUUUUGCCUUCGAGCCAUUCGCCGGUUUUAUGUCUUGCAAAGAAAGGGAAUGGCUGGUGAAGAUUCAAAUUCUACAAUGCCAAGGUCAGGGCGAUCCGUAUGAAGAUGACUUUUAUUAUGCGAGUUGGAGAGAUAAACAGUUAGCAGCUGGAUGGAGGCCAUCGCCAAAGAAGGAAGAACAAUUGACUGAAAGAGAAGAACGAGGAAAAAAAUAUCGAGAACGAAAGGAUAGCGAAAGAGAAAGAGUUCGAGAUAGCGACCGGCAGUCGUCCAAUGGAACACCUCGAGAUCGUGACGAACGUGAGAAAAAGGAGACAACUCGUGUACCUUUCUUUGCCGGCUCUUUGGGAAAACCAGUUUCCUCUACUGUCUACAAUCCAAGACAUUUAAUCGACGUUUCCAAAGAAGAGGGUGCUGAAGAUGAGAAGAAAUCUGCCGCACAGGCAGCGGCUACACAGAAGAAAUUACGCACAAUGUUGCUCCGACUCGAAUCCGCGGCCGCUCAUUUGAUCCAUUGCAGAGAAAAACGACGUUUGGCCUUCACUUUGCCCACACAAGAAAGAGAGAUCCUCGAAAAUGAGGUUGGCACUGCGUUGCAGCUUGUAUAUCGCGAGCUUUUCUCACCAGAACACUUCACAAAAACGUUACAGAUUAGCAAGGGUCGAUUGAUUUUCAAGAAAUUCAUCGAAGCUUCUCCACCGAACGUCCGAGACAUUCUGAUCACUUCGCUUUUUGAUGCUAUUCCAACUUAUUCCAAGAGGACUUAUAAUGAUCUGACUGCCGAUUUGUGUCCAAUUGUCGAUAUGUUUUUGGCAUCACAAAAGUCGCGCGAUCAUCUCAUUUUCCUUGUCAAUCGUCUUGAUGCAUCCAAAAUACAAACAGCUGUAAACGAGAAGAAUACGUUUGCACGGGAUCUGUUGUGUACGUUGCUGCUCUGGUGUUCUCGUCAAAAAGCAGCUUCAAAUCAUGAGCUUUUUUUGUGGCUUCGUUCAAAGGAAUCGGUAUCGUGGGAUGGUCAGGGGUGGACACAUCUAUUGAAAACAUGGUCGUCAACACUUCAUUUGUCUACGGUAGACUUGCAAGACAUGAAGAAUUGGCUCAGCUAUCUUUCACUGGAUCCGAGAGCUCAAACAGUCGCUUCUUCACUUGCCGAAUCACUUUCGAAUAUUCAGCUC